GGGGGCAGCCGGGGCCGGGCGGGCGGCGCGGCGGCUGACGUCAGGACGGGGCUGGCGCUGCCCGCUGGCGGAGCGGGGCCGGCAGCGGGAGCAGGCCCGGCAGCGGCAGAUUAAGCAACAAUGACAUUUGUGAAGAGCGGAUGGCUGCUCCGGCAAAGUACUAUUUUACGGCGUUGGAAGAAGAACUGGUUUGACCUGUGGUCUGAUGGCCGCUUAAUAUUCUAUGAUGAUCAAAAUCGCCGUGAUAUAGAAGAUAAAAUCCACAUGCGAAUCCAUUGCAUCAACCUCAGAGUGGGGAAUGAAUGUCGAGAUUUCCAGCCUCCGGAGGGGAAGCAGAGAGACUGUUUACUGCAGAUUGUUUGCCGUGAUGGGAAGACAGUCAACCUCUGUGCGGAGAGUCCAGAUGACUGCCUGGCAUGGAAAAUUGCUCUCCAGGAUGCCAGAACAAACACAGGCUACCUGGGAUCUGAUGUGAUGUUCGAUGAGACAGCCAUUUCCUCAGCCCCUCCUCCCUAUACAGCUUAUGCCACACCAUCACCUGAGGUUUAUGGGUAUGGCUAUGAUCAGUACAACGGUGCGUAUCCCCCUCCUGGUCCUCAAGUCUUCUAUGCCUCCAAUGGACAAGCUUAUGCUGUUCCCUAUCAGUAUCCAUACCAAGGACCUUACGGCCAGCCCCCUGCAAACCAUGUCAUCAUCCGAGAGCGUUACCGUGACAGCGAUGGAGACCUUGCACUGGGCAUGCUUGCUGGAGCAGCAACUGGAAUGGCUCUGGGAUCAUUAUUCUGGGUCUUCUAGAUUACCCAUUCCUUAUCUUUGUAGUUCCAAAAACCUUUAUUGUGUGCAAUAAUAUAUUGGCAAUGUUGUUUACUGUUAAACUUUAAGAAAUGCAAUAGUUAUUUUUCAGUAGUGACAUCUUAAUAACUGAUUCUUAACUGUCUUAUGGAGAGUUUAAAGGCACCAUUUAGUUAAGUGAUUGGAGAUGAUGUGUUGCUCUAGAAUUCUGUUCUGAUGUUUGGAGUUAUAAGAAUUUGUACUGAUAAGGAUGAAUGUGAGCACCAAUGUAACAUGGUAGCAGUUGCUAGCUUUAUGAAUAGACAGUUACUAUAAACACCAUAGAAAAAAUUGAUUUUUUAGGGGGAGUCUAAAAUCUGGUCCAAAUAGGAGGUUGACAGGAGCCCUGCAUUAGUAGUUGUGUACUACUGGCUUCUAAACAUUCCCUGGACAAACAUAUAGCUCAGCAGAAACUCCUUGGCAUUAGCUAGUCUGCCAUGCUUGAGGAUUUUUUUUGUUGUCCAACUUGCCUGCAGAUGGUAGUGUAUUUUCUUAGAUGGAGUCCUAUACCUGCCUCUCACACCACCCAGGUUGUCUUUGAGAAUGUAUAAGCAAACCACAAAAAGCGGCAGCACUCCUCAGUUCUUUUAUUCUCCCAGAAAUGUGAAUGACCAGUGGCAAGGAAGACCAAUGUUUGUUGUUCCACCAACCUCUUUAUCCCGAAUCUUCUCUGGUCAGCUGGAAGUAAUAGAUCUCCAGCUUUGCAAGCGGUCUUUCAUGUCUGUACAGUUGCCUCGGACACUGUACCAAGUGCAUUACUGAGGAAGAGGCCAUUGUCUAGUGCCUCUGCUCAUUACUGCUAUCGCUCGGCAGAGUCUGCAGGAGGAGAACCAGCUUGAACAACCCUUGCCCUGUUGGGCCUACCAGAACCCCUCUGCAGGCAGUAAUGGUCAAGAGGGCAGAGAUAACCAGCACAAGUAGACCUUGUGCACAAGGCACUUUGACACCAGCUGCCUUGCCAUGGCUUGGAGAGAAGGUCUCCAAGGUUUCCUGAACCACGUUCAUUAUUUGCAACUAGUUCUGAGCACAGCUGAGCCUGGGUUUGUUCUGUGCACACUUUCCCCUCAUAUUCAGCAGGUCUCUUCUUCCCUUCAUGGCUUGUUAAGGAAAACACUCCAAGGAACCUGGCUGGCUUUGCUUCUAUGUCUGGUUCCUUUAUACAAUGUGCUCUUGGAGGCUGCUGUGCUAUGAACUGUAACCUGGAGUGCAACUGUCAUGUGUGUUAUGUGGCCUGUUAUUUUAUCCUGUUAUAAUCCAUGCUGAGCUGUGCUUGGCAGGGGAAAGAAAGCUCUGAAGAAAUGCAUGUGUUUUGUUACUCAGGUAAAAGAGGCAGGGUGCCUACGUUGAGUUCUUUAUAGGAAGAGGACUUUUAUACUUCCACUUUCAGCUUCCUGUAUUAAAACAGUAAUAUGUUGCCUGUCUUAUGCUUUCAUUCAGAAGUAGGUUAAUUUCCUUAAGGUUCGUGGGGUUUCAGGUAUGUCAGGAAAGAUGAAAAUAGAUGAGAACUUGCACCCAUAUAAAUUUAGAUCGAGCCGCAACCUUUUUCUUUUCAUCCUAAAGCUGUCUUGGCUCUACCCUAUGUAUUUAAGCCAUAGAGAUCUCAGACAAGAGUGGGUAGCAGCCAGGGGAAGCACUAAGCUUUCAUGACUCUCAGGACCAACCCAAUAAACUGAAAUGAUUGGAAGUAAACAGAUGGAUGUAAACUUGGCUGCAUUACUAGAAGUGGGCCUAAUCCAGGGAACGUAAAUUUCUUUUGAGAAACUUUGGCUUGGAGCGGAACACCAAUGUGCAUGCAUGUCCUUUCACAGAUACAAGCUGCAUAUGUUCUGCCAGCGGUAUGUACUGAAAGGACGUGCUGCAGGUUCAAAAGAGGACUAAAGCAGAAGUGUCCUAUUGCUAGUCUGAACUAAAAGAAAUGGGAGUACAUUACUGCAGUUCUCUUUGAGGCCUGGUACCCUUGAGGCCAGAAGGAGAUGGUGACUGUCUAGAACUUCAGUGAAUUGUCACCCUUUUUCAGCCUUGAGAAAACCUCGAAGCUGACUACAGGUCUACACUGCUGUUCAGUUUGCGCUUUGCAAUCUAGCCAGUGCUGCAGAUUGCCUCCAUCUUCUCUUCUCCCUGCGUGAUAUUUAGGGGUCGGGGAGAGUAAAACAAUUGAACAUAGUUGUGAUUUCUUUUGAAUUUCAGAAUGAUUGUGAAAGAAUAGCACAAAGUGAAUCAGCUAGUAAUUUAUUUUAAAUUCAGUGUUUUAUUGUGUGGUGUGGGUUUUUUUUAAAAUGUUUUGCAGAGGGACAUGUAAGUCUCUUGUGCUUUCAGGACGUAACUGUAUCUAGGUCUCCAGUUUCUUCGAAUAAUGCAUGUUAGAUAAAGACACUGUUCAUUGCAAAACAUUGCUGGGUUGGAUUCAAAGCAAGAAAUGAUCUUUUGAAAAGUUCAAAUUGAAGUAUGUCUCCAUUAAAAAAAUAACCUUACCCCUUUCUCAAGGGGAAAAAAAUAAUUACAAAUUGAAGCUGAAGGUUCUAGUUCCAUCUUUUUUAAAUAUAAAAAUACAAAAAUAAUGAGCUAUCUCUCUAUCCUGCCAGCAUAGGCAUUUUGAAGCUAGAAAGCCAGUAUACAAAACUGUGCUAGAGCAUAAACUCGAGAGAUAGGUGAUACCACAGUGAUAGGAAGAGGCAGUGCGUGUGCCAAGAUCACUUUCCAAACAGAUUGAAAUGGUAGUCCUAAGCAGGUGUUUGUUUCGGAGUGGUGCUGUUCAUGAUGCUGUGAUUCCAGGGGUACCAUAGCACCCAGGCACACCCUUUCCCACCUGGGGGCCAAUACUUGCCCUCCCUAAACUAUGGGCAGCCCACAGCCACUACAGUGCCGCUGUUCUUGCCGGGUAUGCUAUUGGGUAAGGAUGACUAAGUCUGUUGCGUAGCAGUUACAGUCCGUUCAGAAUUAAAUGUCAAUGCUGACAGAGGUCACAAGGCUGUACUUUCAUCUGUGACUAAUUACUUUUGGAUUCUUAGUCAUGGACAGCUGGGCAGGGGCAGGCUUCCAAAGUGGGGUGGAAAUGCUCAGCCUUCUCAGAAGUCCAGCCCCAUUAAAGAGGUGAACCAGGGCCCUCUUCCCAAAUUCUUAGUUACAUUUGAAGACAUAGCUGGUGGCUUCUUUGGCUUGAACGUGGGGGACUAGGGAGCCAGCCUCUUCUAGUGAGUGGGUAAAAGCUUAAGAACUAGAGGGGAGUGGGUGGGAAGUGUUUACAUACAGAGCAACUGCACUGACUUUUGGCAAAGACAUCUUUUGUAGUGAUGAAGCACAUUUCUGAGCUGCGUCUAGAUGGAGCUGCUCUAAACGUUACACAACACUGGCUUCAUUUUGUUUGUUCUUCAGUGGAGAUUCAAUAGGUGAUAGAACCAGCUAAGCAAGCUGAGUAAAGAAGAAAAUUCACACUCGUGUUCCUCAGAUAUGUUUUUGGCUUUUCCUCUUUGUGAUAUGACCAGGAUAGAUACGUGUAAGUCACAGAGGGUAGCAUGCAGCAGAUGUUCCCCCCCACCCUGAUCCUUCAUAUUCUUGUGCACUAUUUUAACUGCUGCUUUUACUCUGUCUUCAUUCUCAUUAUUAAUUUAUAUCAAAAUUUCCUUAGCAAUAAAAUUAAUAUUUAAGUGUAA